GCCAUGACCCGGUCAAAUCCCUUAACAGACUGUCACAGGUGAGGUGGGGGGCUUCCUACCUGUCCUGGGGGGGGGGGUGCUGCUAGGAAAAUACCCACCCCAGAGGCAGGCCAGGCCCCCUGAGGACCCAGCUCUGGUGUCCUGGGAAGACCCCCAAGACCUCCUGCUAUGUCCUAACAUCCGGCCUGCACCUGUCCUGAGUCCAUUUCCCUGUUGAGGCCUGGGCUUAGCUGGCUUUACCUGGUGACUGAUGAUGCCCUGGGCUGCACCUGCUGUCAUUGGGUGCUGGGUUGGUGAGGAGUAAAGUCUGGGGUGGGGGCAUUGGGAGACACCAGGACAGGCAGACAGACAGAUGCAGGAACAGGGGCAGGGAUCCCGCUGAGAGGGUUGCUGCAGAGGAGGGGAUCUCGGGGGGAUUGCACCCUGAAGAGCCUGGGAUCUCUCCCCCCAAGCCAGGAUGCAGGUGCUGUGGCUACUGCUGGCAGGGCUGAGCUGCCACGGAGCAGGUGGCUUCAUGAUGCAUCUGGUGACCGAGUGCCCAGUGGCUGCCAACGGGUCAGUGCUGGCCGUGGACGUCUACCUGGCCUUCAACAAGAACCGGCUGGUGUGCUACGACCCCAACAGCCACCUCUUCUAUGGCUGUGACUCGGGGCUACUGCAAAAUGUGGCCUUCGGCAUUGCCAGCUCCCUCAAUAUGAACAGGACAUUCAUCCACCUGGCCGCCAGCAAGCAACAGGGCUGCCAGGACCAGAUCCAGGGGCUGUGGGCCCAGACAGCACUCCGGAGACGCCCACCCCAGGUGCGUGUGGCAGCGCUGCCCAUGCAGAGCCGGCUGGCGCCCACGCGGCUGGCCUGCUUCGUCUGGGACUUCUACCCAGCGAGUGUGCAGGUGUCGUGGCUGCGCAACGGGCACCCGCUGGACACCAACGAGACGGGUCCUGUGGCCACCAUGCCCCGCGGCGACUGGACCUACCAGACCACCCGGAUCCUGCCCGUGCACCUGAAGCCUGGAGACACCUACACCUGCGAAGUGAAGCACGCUAGCCUGUCUGAGCCCCUGCUGCGCCACUGGAGUCCCGGGCCAUCGGACCAGCUGCUGUGGUGCUCGGCGGCUGCGGUGCUGGUCCUGGGGCUCCUGGUCUUCACAGCUGGCGCCUUGUGCUGGUGGAAGGCCCCUGUCCGCCAUGGCUACACUCCUCUGGCUGGAGACAACUACCCCCGAGGCAACAUCUAACACCAGGUCGCCAGGCCCCAGGGCUCCCAUGGACUCUUCCCUCAGCUGCAGACCCUGGUGCUGCCCCUGUGCUUGGUGCCUGAUCCUGGCAGUACUACGUGACCUGAGCCCAGGACAGCGGUGCUAAAAGACACCCACCCCCCGCAGAUGCUCCCAUCCCAUAUGGAUGGGCAUUCCCUGAAUGAAGCUCUUGGGGGCCUCUAUAUGACCAGAGGGAUCCUGAAUAGAGUCCUCCAUCCCGUAUCCCCAGGCCAUAGACGUACUGGGCCUAUAUAGGGAUGGAGUGACCCAAUUCUUGACCUGCCUUGGAGUCCACCAGCUUGUCCAGGCCCCGCAGCCUCCAUAGAUAGCUGGGUCUGUGUGGGAUAUAGAGAUUGAAUGCUGUCUCCACCUCAAGGCCGGCUGGCCUGUAUGGACAAAGAGCUUCGAACUGUGAUCCACCCCAGUCCACAGUCCCUCUAGCUUUGGGCAGCCACCGGUAUGUAUAUCGCCCCGGCCAAUGGAGGAGGCUGGACAUGGACCCGCUCAGCUGCACCCCAUCCCUGACUCAGACCUGACCUGCCAGUACAGACCAGCAGUCCCAUAUAGCAAUAUAGGCACUCAAAUAGAGCCCCUGCCUCCCAACCCCCUCGCCCCUCUGCUGCAUACCCCCAGGCUGACAGAAGCCCAUAAGGGCCAAAAGGACCCUAGAGCACACCCCAGAAAUCAGGGGGUGGGAAGGGUGUGGGCUGCGGGCAGCGUGCACGUAUUUCAAUGUACUGCACGUGGCAGGCAGGACAGCAAGAUCUCGGCCCAUGCCAGCUGCAUGUCAAUAAAAGGUGGCUUAUUCCCCA